UCAAGGCAACAACAGCAACCUCUUUUCAUUCACACACUCCAUUAAUCCCAUCAAACGAAGCAUGCAAAGAUUGAAAACUCGUACCGGGAGUGUUCCGGUUGAAAUGGCUGCUGUGAUUGCGAAUCCUCCUGUUGAAAUCGGCACCAGAGGCACGGUCGGAUCCUUGAUAAUGCAAGAGAUCGAGUACUUCAGCCAGCUCGAAUUAGGCUGCAAGGAUGGCCCGAAGAAGCCUCGUUCCAAUGUUGGGCCAGUUGCAGCAACUCGGAAGAAGAAAAAGAGAGGAAGCAGCAGGCUAAUACCGAGCAUGUGUUCCAUGGUGGAAAUUUCGGACAACAGGCCUGUUGGGGUUUCAGGUUUCGGUUACCGGAACCUGUAAUCCGAUGUUAAGAAAUUGCAGGUCUAGAUAAAGCUCUUGGAAAGCUUAGAGAACCCGAGCUUCUUGAGUCGAUUCUUCGCGGGCUCGACCGUGCUCUACCGGGAUGCUUCCCAUACUUUAUGUCCACAAAAUCAACAAUGUUACACGCUUUUUUGUUACUUUUCUGUCUGCUAGGAGUUCUAUCUAAAGCAACGUCAACAAAAUCAAGCAUUGGAAUCUGAUGGGGAUUUUUGGACAAGCUUUUAUAACUGUUGUUGCUGCCAUUGCCACUGGUACUUGCUCCAUCCAAAGAUUUCCUCAGCUUUGGUCGUUUAGGAGUCGAAGAACCGGAGGCGAUCAAUGCCGGAAUUUUCUGAGAUUUGUGUCCAACAGACACCGGUGUCUGCUGUGUCGGUUUAACGGAGUCCAGUUCUCUUGUCAUCAGGGAACUGGUUGUCCCUUUAGUCCCCACCUUGUUUGAUCCUCCACCUCCCUUGAUAGCUUCUAGUUCUUGAACCAUGUUUCAUUUUAUAUUUUUAAGAUGUUGUUAGCCUUACAGAGCCUGUUUUGCAAGAAAGACAGCAAAUCCAUAAAUGUAAGAAGAAA